CUCCUAGCCUAGUCAACGCUGCGGGCAUAAGAGGGAGUGGACGAUAGCUCCCGCAGACGCUCAGCUCUACGUUUUCCUCGACUUUUCACUCCUAUUUCCAAGUGAUUUUACUCUCCUGGAUCCAAGUGGACGGAGUUGCUUUUACUGACAAGGAUCAGGAAGCUGUGUCAGUCGCAGUGUGAGAACAGAACAUGGCUUCCCAGGCUGAUCUGAUGGAGCUGGACAUGGCCAUGGAGCCUGACCGUAAGGCAGCAGUCAGUCACUGGCAGCAACAGUCCUACCUGGAUUCAGGCAUCCACUCAGGGGCCACCACUACUGCUCCCUCUUUAAGUGGAAAAGGCAACCCUGAGGAGGACGAUGUGGACAACCAGGUCUUGUAUGAGUGGGAGCAGGGCUACAACCAGAACUUUUCUCAAGAACAAGUACAAGACAUAGAUGGACAGUAUGCUAUGACUCGUGCACAGAGAGUGCGUGCAGCAAUGUUCCCAGAGACCCUGGAGGAGGGCAUGCAGAUCCCUUCUACACAGUACGACGCAGCGAACCCCACAAAUGUCCAGCGGCUGGCAGAGCCUUCACAGAUGCUUAAACAUGCUGUGGUCAAUCUGAUCAACUACCAAGACGAUGCUGAAUUGGCAACUAGAGCCAUUCCAGAACUUACUAAACUACUCAACGAUGAAGACCAGGUUGUAGUAAACAAAGCUGCAGUGAUGGUCCACCAGCUUUCAAAGAAAGAAGCUUCUCGCCAUGCUAUCAUGCGCUCCCCUCAGAUGGUGUCUGCUAUUGUCAGGACCAUGCAGAAUACAAACGAUGUGGAAACAGCUCGCUGCACUGCAGGGACACUGCACAAUCUGUCCCAUCACAGAGAGGGUCUGCUGGCCAUCUUCAAGUCUGGUGGCAUACCAGCUCUAGUGAAGAUGCUAGGUUCCCCAGUGGACUCUGUUCUAUUCUAUGCCAUCACCACCCUCCACAAUCUCCUGCUGCACCAGGAAGGGGCCAAGAUGGCUGUGCGUUUAGCCGGUGGACUCCAGAAAAUGGUGGCUCUCCUCAACAAAACCAACGUAAAGUUCCUGGCCAUCACGACUGACUGCCUUCAGAUUCUGGCAUAUGGCAACCAGGAAAGCAAAUUGAUAAUCCUGGCCAGUGGUGGCCCUCAGGCGCUGGUGAACAUCAUGAGGACCUACACUUAUGAAAAGCUGCUGUGGACCACAAGCAGAGUUCUCAAAGUGCUGUCAGUCUGCUCCAGUAACAAGCCUGCUAUUGUAGAAGCUGGAGGUAUGCAGGCUCUGGGGCUACAUUUGACAGACCCAAGCCAGAGACUGGUCCAGAACUGUCUCUGGACUCUCAGGAACUUGUCGGAUGCUGCAACCAAACAGGAGGGAAUGGAAGGUUUGUUAGGAACUCUGGUCCAGCUGCUGGGCAGUGACGACAUUAAUGUAGUGACGUGUGCUGCUGGCAUUCUGUCUAAUCUGACCUGCAACAACUACAAGAACAAGAUGAUGGUCUGUCAGGUUGGCGGUAUUGAGGCAUUAGUGCGCACAGUGCUCCGGGCAGGAGACAGAGAAGACAUCACAGAGCCAGCUAUUUGUGCCCUACGUCACCUCACAUCUCGACACCAGGAUGCUGAAAUGGCACAGAACGCCGUGAGACUGCAUUAUGGCCUGCCAGUAGUUGUCAAAUUACUGCACCCUCCAUCACACUGGCCACUCAUUAAGGCUACAGUUGGUCUGAUUCGUAAUCUGGCACUGUGCCCUGCGAACCACGCUCCUCUCAGGGAGCAGGGAGCCAUUCCCAGACUGGUUCAGCUGCUGGUCAGAGCACACCAGGAUACACAGAGACGCACCAGCAUGGGAGGAACACAGCAGCAGUUUGUGGAGGGAGUUCGCAUGGAGGAGAUUGUAGAGGGCUGCACUGGAGCGCUUCACAUCCUAGCCAGAGAUGUCCACAACAGGAUAGUCAUCAGAGGACUCAACACUAUUCCUCUCUUUGUACAGCUGUUGUAUUCUCCCAUUGAGAACAUCCAGCGUGUGGCAGCAGGAGUCCUGUGUGAGCUGGCCCAGGACAAAGAGGCUGCUGAGGCCAUCGAGGCUGAAGGAGCCACCGCACCAUUGACAGAGCUGCUGCACAGUCGCAACGAAGGAGUUGCCACCUAUGCUGCAGCAGUUUUGUUCCGUAUGUCAGAGGACAAACCUCAAGACUAUAAGAAACGUCUCUCUGUAGAACUCACCAGUUCACUCUUCAGGACAGAGCCAAUGGCCUGGAAUGAGACAGGAGACCUGGGUUUGGACAUUGGAGCUCAGGGAGAGCCUCUGGGCUACAGACAGGACGACCCAAGCUACCGCUCCUUCCACACGGGAGGUUACGGUGGAGACACGAUGGGCAUGGAGCCCAUGAUGGAUCAUGAUCUGGGAGGCCACCACCCUGGCCAGGACUAUCCCCCUGUGGAUGGACUGCCUGACCUGGGACACUCCCAGGAACUGAUAGAGGGUUUGCCACCUGGUGACUCCAACCAACUGGCCUGGUUUGAUACCGACCUGUAAAUACCAAGACCAACAUUACACUACUUUCUACUAGCUGUAUCAUGUGAUCUGGAUGAACCUGCAUCGUGAUUCGCCCAUAUGGAGGAGGAGGCGGGGUCUCAGAAAGUGCCUGAAGAUGACUCAACAACAGCAAGCAGAGUUUCCUGUCUAUGGAAACUCCAUUGGGACAAACAAGACUAAUGUGCAGUUCUGUUCUGGUCUCUCUGCCUGACAGGAGGCUGACAUCCAAUCCUGACGUGACACAUGGAUUUUGAUCAACAGUUGAUUCUUUUCAAAACACCUUUUAAAACAUUCUUUCUUUGAACCUCUUCUUUUGGUUUUUUACCUUUGGUUGUUUUAUCUUUGUUUUUUCAUGUCUGUAAUGGUACAAACUUAUACUGGUUUGCUCUUUUUUUCUUUUACUCUGAAUUUUAUGAUAUUUUGUUUUUUGCAGUCCUUUGUAUUUUUAAGUUAGUUUUUUUUUUCUUUCUUUUUUUAGUGGUAUUGAUCCAUCCAAGUAAAGAGUCUGAUCACAUUUUAAGUGGUGUCCAAACACUAAAGUUAAUCAGUUGAAUUGUAUUCUGAUGAUAAAGAAGUGUAACAUUGUGUAGCUUUUGUAUAAAAAACACAAAUUGGUAAACAUGGUCCAAAUAUCAAGCUAUUUUCUUGCUUUAAAGGUGGACACUGAUGUCUUUGCUGUUCCAAAGGGAGCAUAGCUGACCUAAGAUGGACGGGUGUGGCUGUGAACUGACAGGGCCGGAGUUUGGUUUUUACUGGUCCACUGUUACAUAGGGGAGGGGUAGUGGGAGGAGCUGGUUGCUGUAGCCUGCUGUGUUCUGAAACAAUAAAAUGGACUGUCAUUUCA